CUCUCUCUACUUAAGUAAUAAAAAAAAAACUCAAACCUCAUUCUAGAAAAAUAUUUUACUAUUUAAUUAAUGAGCGAAAAAAAUUAUUAACCAGUCAUGAGUUUAUUAACGUUUUGAAUACAUUAUAUAUAUGCCCUGUAACAGCACCCAACUAUCUGUAUAUAUAUAUAUUAUCGGAGCAGCUGAUGAUCUCGGCCUGAUAUACUCCACAGAAAAUGAUUUAGCCCUCUGCAAAACAGAUUUGAUCGAGAUUUUAAUUUUUCCCUGAAAUCUCCAAUAUUAGUAUCUAAAAUCGGCUGAUCAUGAAUGCCAAGCAUCUUGUGGUACAUUUUUCAUUUAUUUUCAAUCACAAUCGAAUUGGAAAGAAAGUAAUUUCUUUUUCAUGUUAUAGAAAUCAUAUGAAGGCAUGAAGAAACGGAUUGAAACCACCACAAAGCUCGGCCGAAUCUCAGAAGAAAUACGCAAACAACACAAGGGAUUCAGAGAGUGGAAUUCGGUCGUAAGCCGAAGUGAUCAUCAAACCAUUCUUCAAAUACUUAUCGAUGGGAAAGAUCCCAAGGCUGUAGACAUUGAAGGACAGCCAUUGCCAACUCUGGUAUACUUAGCACGUGAAAAGAGACCACAGUACCACCACAACUUCAAAGCAGGAUCCGUAAAUGCACUGAUAAGGGUGUCAUCGAGGAUAAGCAAUUGCCCCAUAAUUCUUAUUUUGGAUUGCGACAUGUAUUCAAACAAUUCGGAGUCAGUGAGGGAUGCUGUGUGUUUUUUCAUGGAUGAAGAGAAGGGUCACGAAGUUGGCUUCGUACAGUUUCCACAGUCCUUCGAGAACCUUACGAAGAACGAUGUCUACGGCAGUUCCUUGAACGUAAUAUGGGGGGUGGAGAUUCUAGGAUUUGACGGGAAUGGAGGACCAUGCUUUAUUGGUACUGGGUGCUUUCACAGAAGAAACGCUCUUUGUGGACAGAAGUAUAGUGAUCAGGAAUGUAAGGCAAAUGGGAGGGGAUGGAAUGACAUUAAAAUAGAAGAGAGUGCGAGUGUCCUAGAAGAUACUUCCAAAGUCCUUGCAAGUUGUACCUAUGAAGAGAAGUACGCCCAAUGGGGAAACGAGAUGGGUCUGAAAUAUGGCUGUCCAGUGGAAGAUAUCAUAACAGGACUAGCUAUACAAUGUCGAGGUUGGCGAUCCAUCUAUUUCAAUCCAGAAAGGAAGGGCUUCCUCGGACUUGCGCCCACUACAUUACUGCAGACACUUAUACAGCACAGAAGAUGGAGUGAAGGUGAUUUUCAGAUCUUUGUCUCAAGGUACUGUCCCCUUGUGUAUGGGUAUAAAAAGAUUCCCCUCAAACUUCAACUUUCCUACUGUCCCUAUUUGCUAUGGGCUCCAAACUGCUUGGCCACAUUGUAUUAUGUUGCAGUACCAUCCUUGUGCCUGCUUAGGGGCAUCCCCUUGUUUCCUAAGAUUUCAAGCGCAUGGGUUCUACCAUUCGCAUUCGUCAUCAUUGUCCACCGGGCAUACAGUCUUGGAGAAUUUGUUUGGUGUGGGGGCACAUUCCAAGGUUGGUGGAAUGAACAAAGGAUGUGGCUCUUCAAAAGAAUCAGUUCCUACUUCUUUGCCUUCAUUGACAACAUCCUAAAACUUAUGGGAUUUACGGACUCGGCCUUCGCCAUCACGGCAAAGGUGGCUGAAACGGAUGUGUCGCAGAGAUAUGAGCAGGAGCUCAUGGAAUUCGGUGCUUCUUCCCCAAUGUUUACCAUUAUAGCAACCAUGGCAUUGCUAAACGCAUUCUGUUUUGUUGGAGGAAUGAAGAGGGUGCUUAUGGAUAUGCAAAUUUGGUUUUCAAACCCAUUUACGUUGCAGAUUCUUCUAUGUGCUCUCCUGGUUAUUAUCAGCCUCCCUGUUCAUCAAGGUCUCUUCCUCAGGAAAGACGAGGGCAGGAUGCCAAGUUCAGUGACACAAUGGUCACUUAUGUUUGCGGCUUUGGCUUGUGCAUUAGCGUGUUAUUAAGUUCUCCCUAAAUGCCAAGCAAGACUUUCUGCUAGCAAA